AUGAAAUGGUUUGAAAGAUUUCGAGAGGGAAAUGAGAAUUUGGAUGGGGAAAUUGAAGAGGAGGAACGAGAAGUGGAUAGAGACGAAAGAAAAUCCCCACAGAUGAUUCCAAUUGGAGGUGGAUCUUAUGGAAAUGCUUUCCGAUUGGAGAAUUAUGAACCACCGAUUGCCAUGAAGGAAGUCAACUACAGUUCAAAUCUUGUCGAUCAAUCAAAUGAAAUGAAAAUUUUGAAAGAAUUGGUUCAUGAAAAUAUAGUUCGAUAUAUCGAUCAACCAAUCGAUUUCGACUACAAUGGAGAGAAAUUUCCAAUUUUUAUGGAAUAUUGUGAAGAGGGAUCGCUGAGAAAUGUGAUCGCUGAUGUGACUCUCAAUUAUUCGGUGUCAACAAUUAUAAAAUGGGCAAAGGAAAUAUUCAAUGCUUUGAUUUAUUUAAAAGGGGAACGAAUUGCACAUCGAGAUGUGAAGCCGGGAAAUAUUUUUGUGACACGGGACUUCGAACUGAAACUGGGUGAUUUUGGAGUUUUUACGAGAUUUGAGAAUGGAAAAGAAAUGAGAAUUGAAGAGAUUGGAACGAGAUUUUAUAUGGCUCCCGAACUAAAUGGCGAUAUCACAAAGCUGACUGAAGAGGACAUCUAUCAAUGUGAUAUUUAUGCGAGCGGUCUGGUGUUGUGGGAGAUUGUGACGAGAGACACCCUUUCAAGCUCAUCGCUUUCCACUCUUCAAUUCCCGUCAACAACCUCGACCGAUGUUCGACAGCUUUUAGAUCUGAUUCAACGUUGUUCAUCUCCAAACAUUUCCAUCAAAAAACGAGCAACGGUGGAAGAAGCUAUGAGAGAAACAAAACUGUUGAUUGAACGCUUUACCAAUUUCAUUGAAAAACCAUAUCGCAAUAGAAAUCAGAAACAUCUAAUGAUACCCGACGCAGCUUGUGCGCUCUUCCCGAACCAAUUGAUUUGUGCUUUGAUCAAGGAGAAGUUAUUGAUG